AUGGUACCAAUCUUUUUCUCCUGCAGCGAUAACAGAAAAAGACUGAUCUUGAUUGCUGGCGGUAUACUAGUACUGCUUGUAAUAGCUGGAGUGGCUGUCACAGUGUUCGGAUCGCAAGGAUCGGACUCAGAUUCUGAUGGGGAUGGGGACGACGAUGAUAACUUUGAUCCGCCUUCUGGUUCUGCUGAUUCCUCGGCACCUUCAUCGGUACCUUCAUCGGCAACGGACGAGGCAACUGGGGCACCGGUGAAGCCUCCUCUGAAUCCCAAAAUUUUGAUCUGCACGGCUAACCCGACCAGCGAUGCAGCAAUGCCGAGCGUUCCCGAUGGCCUCUGCGAUUUCCUCAUGUACAGGCCCCUUUCGAAUCCGUUCACGUCAGCAUCCCACGAAGAAUUGCGAGAAUUCAUUGCCAUUACAUCUAAAUUGAACAGCACACGGUGUGGCAUCGAUAUAAGGCAGGAGAUCAGAAAAGACGUUAUCUCGCAAUUUGACAAACAUUCAAACACUUCUAUGGCCUACUGUCCUACGGAUGAUCUAUACGUCGAGAAUGUGCAGCACUACAGCACAUUGGACUUGGAUUUCGGGAACGCCACAUCAGAUGCUGAGGUCCAAGAGUUCACCAGUCUUUUACUGAAAAUUCGCAUGUGCCAGGAACGUGCCCGAGGCACAUCUGACCGUUUCGGCUACUUGUUCCUCGGCGUCUCUCCCCUUGCACACAAUGUCACGGACGCCGACGCUGCACUGAAGAAUAUGGCCAGUCACUUUCAACGUCUGCUAGAUGACGUGAAACCUGACGCUGUGCUUUUUCUUACGACAUACCUCCGAACUCACUUGCUAGACCCCCAGUGCAGCACCACAGGACCUUCUUUGUGGACGCGUGCCAUUAUGUACGACCAGCCGACAUUCAAUGACUCCCUCAACUUCAGGAACAUGCUAAAAAUACCACCUGACGUCGUUCAGCUACUGUCUCUGACGGUGCACGGUCGGUGGUCAAUGUACACUGAGAAAACGAGGCCCCCGGGAGGAAUGAGAAACUGCAACGAGACCAUCAUUGGCGACAUCCUGAACUACACAUGCGUUAAUAGCACCGAUGACCGAUAUCGUCAAUACCGAAACGCCGACGCACAGGACCGUGUGGACCCUGUGCGGAUUACCCGGGUCAUGAGAUCAAGCUACACUUAUUGGGAGGGAGCCUACGACAGCUGGGCGACCAUGCAAAUGAAAAUGUGCAAGGCAUGCCACGACAGCACGCAUCGUGGUGGCUGGGUCGUGUUUGACCUCCAGUACGCCGACGUCCAUAACAUCUGUAACACUGAUUUCGUACAAGGUUUCGGCUACGUCCGCCGCAUUAAGGACUACAUGUUGAAACCGAUGACCGAGUGUGUUAUCAACGAGACGGUUGAUAUCGUCGAACGGGGUAUAAGACAAGAGUGGCUGUUGCCUCCUUCAUAGGCGUGCGUUGUGUGUUAAAUUGAUACAGUGGGCAGUCGAGUCUCGCUUGAUAUUUAUGUUGUAGAGGUGCUAAUGGUCGCAGAUAGAAACAUACAUUAAAGUGCAACGAGGUUUUGAUUUGAA